UGCAGCGCUAAAACAUCAAGUUUUUGUGCCAUGUCCGUGGAUGUCGAAUUGUGGCGAGAAGAGUUAGAUUUUCCUGCAACAGCUUUGCUGCGCUGAUGAAACAACAUACAAAGCUGACAAUUUCUUUCACGUAAGGACGAGAUGUCAUGCAGAUCAAGGACAUUGUUAAGAGAAGUGAUUGACUCAAAUCACAGAAAACUAAACAGAAUUUCGUGUUUUGCACCGCCGAAGUCAAACACUUUAAAACACCUCCAAAACGAAUUCAGAAAAACAAUCCCGCGUCCGCGAUAUGCAUUCGUCACCUUGGUGAUGUGCGGAGAUGAGUAUAUUAAGGGGGCACUGACCCUCGCAUGGUCUGUGAGGCAACAGAAAACUCAACACGAAUUGAUUGUCAUGGUAACACCUGACGUCAGCGUUCCCGCAAUGAAGCUACUGCGCAAGCUCUACGACCGCGUGAUAAAGGUGCAAUACAUCAAAACGAGGGUGAAAAGCGCAUUGCGAGGGAAAAAGUACCGCAAAGAGGAUACUUGGAUUGAAUACAGCUUAACAAAGGCGCGCAUGUUGAAACUCACAGAGUACGACAAGAUCAUUUGGUUGGACGCGGAUUCGCUGGUUCUUAACAACAUUGACGAACUCUUUGAGCUUCAAACUCCGGCUGGCGUUUGUUCAAGCAUCCGAAAUCACGACUAUUGGCACGGGUCGAAAAUACCCGAACUCGAAAUAGAAAAUUCCGUCGAAAACAAUUACGGUGUGCACGGCUGUACCAUGGUUCUUACGCCUAACCUAGAUCACUAUCUGCUAGCGAGUUCGCUUCCUCAAAUAGGAACAACAGCGAACUUUGUUGGACCCGAUGAAUACUUCUUUACACAGCUGUACAAAACUGAAUGGCAUCAUAUUCACGUCAAGUAUGCCUGCACGAAAUGGUUCUACGAAAUGAGGGAUGUAAAACCCGAGGUGAUUCAUUUCUCUGGGGACAAGCCGUGGAAGGACGAGGAAGACUGGGAAGGAAUACGCAGGUGGAGAGAGGCAACGGAGGGCAUGGUUCGAGUCUGUCCGAAAAUGUCGGAUUUAUUCGUCACACGAAGUCGGUCGAGUUCUCAACGAAGUCAGGACGAAGACAAGUCUUCGGAAAGUAGCAAAGUCUCGUUUAGGACUCAAAGUUCUGAACUAACAUUGAAGUUAAAUGGCCUCCACAGUUUCCAAGAAACCCUUGAAUAAAUAAACGGUAUAUUUACAAAUAUAACAAUUACAGUUGGGUCUCCUAAGGUCUGGGUUUAAAAGUUAAUUAAAAUCUCGUUACACUGAAAAAAGAGCUAUGUUUGAUACCGGAUAUGCUAGUUUCAACUGAAUGCUUUACUUUAACUCUGUAGCCUUAUCUUAGAAAUUUCACACCCAGUCAAGUAGACGGGGAGAGGGGGUGCAAGAGGGAAGGCAUGGGAGGAAGACAACUGCAACGCUUUACUCCACUUUCCAUGACUACUCUCCCUGGAUGGGACGUUAGUCUAU